AUGCCGCCACAUUUUCCCAGCAAUCCUGACCACGGACCGCACGUCGCAGGGCCAUUCCACAGGCACAAGUCGAUCCACCGGAUCCUGGGGGGAGGGAAAGCUGCGGACGUUCUGCUGUGGAAGAACAGGAACGUGUCUGCUGGGGUUCUCGCUGGGGCCACGUUGACAUGGUUCCUGUUCGACGUGGUUGAAUACAAUGCAGUACCGCUCCUUUGCCAGAUCGCCAUCUUCGCAAUGCUUGCCAUCUUCAUUGCGUCAAAUGCUGCGCAGCUCUUCGACAGGCAUGGCUUCCUUUCUUUCCACGGAGAGGAGAUAUCCCAGGCCCCGCCAAGGAUACCACAAGUCGUCGUCUCCGAACACGCCUUCAGAGAAAUGGCCUUGACCAUUCACCACAAACUGGAAUAUGCUGCAUCUCUUCUUUAUGAUAUCGCAUGUGGAAAGGAUCUGAAGAAAUUUCUCAUGGUGGUAGGAUCCCUGCUGUUAUUGUCAGUGAUUGGAGGUUCUUGCAGCUUCACAAGCCUACUCUACCUUGGAUUCUUGUGUGCCCACACUUUGCCAGUGUUGUACCAACAUUACGAGACAGAAGUGGACCAUCUCGUUGCAAGGGGUGGCCAAGACAUCAAGAAGUUCUAUGAGAAGGUUGAUUCCAAUUUGCUCAACAAAAUACCAAGAGGCCCUGUCAAGACGAAGUUCAGAUAA